AUGUUUUUUGAUAUAAUUACAGCAGGCGUGGACUACGAUGAGGGCCAGCUGGAUACAAUUGUGAUCACAAGCUAUGUUAAUCCCCAGAUCUUUUGCUAUAUAAAGCAGUCGCAGCUUUUGGCCAAGCGCAAGUUGGUGCAGCAAUUGGAGGCAAAGCUGGCAACACUUUGUGGCAAGAGCAACCAAUUGCAGCACUAUGAGCAACAACAACAAGUCAUUGUGCGAUUUGAAGCAGCCAAAAAGUGUAAACUGUUGCGUGGACUUGUGUUGCAGCGUCAGGAUGAUGAGCAUUUGGUCUGGGCGCAGGACUACGGCUUUAGCAUUAAUUGUGGCAGCAAGGAUAUGUGGCAGUUGCCACAGCAGCUCGGCAGCGAGCAGCACUUGGAGUAUGCUUGGGGUGGCAUAGGCUAUGUGGCGCCACUAAACGGCAGGCAGUGGUCCAAGAUGGCCACAAAGCUGCUGGACAAACAGUUGCAAGAGGCCAAGCAGCUGAGCUUUAAGCCACAAGCGGCACACUUUGGUCAGCUGCUGAUAAAGACCGUGGACGACAAGAUACUGAAUGCCAUGAGCUAUUUGGUGGAGAAGCAAUGCGUUAAGAUUGUGCCCCAGGUGUGUGGGCUGAUGAGCACAGCAGAGCCGGACUGGGAGGCGCUGCUGACAAUGGACCUGGCGGAGCUAAACGAUGCCGAUGUGCCGCCUGGCGCGUAUGCUGCGCGGAUUAUGCAACUCAUGGAGACGCAGACGCAGGCAGCGGACCACAACAACAAGCCGCUGUAUAACAAUGGCUAUCAUAAGCUGGGCGAGAGGACGCGCAAUCUGAAGCUGCCCUCAGCACAGCCAGAGCGCUUGGAGCAGCUGCUCAAGCUGCAUGUCAAGCCGGAGAUACCCGCCUCGGCACAGCUGCUGUGCAAGGUGAGGAGUCGUCAUGAGCGUAGUGUGGAGUCGGCGCUCACUAGUUCGGCCAGCAGUUGCUCUGGCGGCAGCAGCAGCUGCUCGAUGGAUAGCUUUGAAUCAUCCACAGAGCAGCCGAAGCCCAAGCCGCAGGCCAAGAGCAAUCGCAGCAUACUAGAGUUAUAUAGACAGCCGGCAAAGCAGCUGCGGCCCAAGGAGCAACAACAGACCAAGUCCAAGAAAGAGCAGCAGGAGCCGCCGCUCUCGAAGCCGCUGCCAGCAGCGCUGGACAGAGACAAGCUCGAGCGCGUUUAUCGAGAGCUGCAAGGACUCUCGCUGCAGUCCAAGCCGCCGGUCCCAGCUGUGGUUCCAGCUGCUCCAGCACGCCUGGUGCUCGCCCACAGUCUCGAGCAGCUGCAGCCAGUGAAUGCACCUGCGGAAACUAAACUCUCGGUGGCUAUGCAGCGUCAGCUACGCUUUCAACAACUGCUGCCUUGCCAGCGCUAUGCUUGGCCCCAUUUGCUUGCCGGGCACUCACUUUAUCUGGUGGACAGGCCGGGCGGUGGUCGUUCCUGGAGCUAUGUGCCUGCGCUCUGCACACGUGUCCAGCAAGCGAUGCUAAUGCGCAAUGUGGGCAGCAAGCUUGGUCCCUUGGCCAUUAUACUGGCGGAUACGGUGUCCAAUGCGCAGCUGCUUCAUGGCCACUGCCAGCAGCUGUUGCAAGGCUUUGAGACGCAGCUGCUCAAGGUGGUCAACAGUCAUGCGCACAGCAUGGUGGAGCUUUAUCAGAUGAUGCUCAACUCUUGCGGCAUAUUGGUGACAACAGUGACGCACUUGCAACACUUGCUGCAGUCCAAGCUGCAUGUGGGCAUGGAGCUCAUUGAUGCACAGCGUCUGCAGUGCUUGGUCAUAGAUGAUUACGAUCGCUUGCGCACUGCUCUGCCGCAGCAGUGGCACGAAGUCUGGCAAUUGUUGCAAAGCAUGUUGCUGCCACAGCGGCAACUGGUGCUUGUGGCACAGCAGUGGCAUGCAGGCGCCUUGCUCGACUCCUUCAAGCGCUUGGCCUCGAAGCCUCUGCUGCUCUUCAGCGACUUUCUAGAGGCGGCCAUCUAUGGCCAGAUCAAGCUCGCAAUGGCGCUGCAACGUUCCGAGAAGAAGCAGCAACAGUUGCUCCAAUACUUAGACGCACAGCAGCCGCUAAAGCGACCCACUGUCAUCUAUUGCAAGCAUGAGCAGCAGCUCCAGCAACUGUCGCAGUUUCUUAACGGGCACGGCUUUGAAUGCAUCGGCCCUACUGAAGCGGAAGCACAGCGACCAAAGCAGCUGCUGCUGCUGACUGACGAUCAUCCCCCAUUGAAGUCAACGCGUAUGGAGCAGUUGAUACACUAUAGUCUGCCCGAUUCCUGGUCAAAGUUUACGUAUCGCUUUCAUGUGCUGCAGCACAGCAUCAAGAACUGCCUGGUGGAGACGCCGCAAGGUGAAACAAAGCUCCUCAGCAGUUAUAUAAUGCUGGAUGAGAGCAACAGCGGAGAGCUGCCCAGGCUGGUGAGAUUCCUGGCGGAGCAUGGCUUCAAGUUGGAUGAGCGCAUGGAGCGCUUGGCGCUGAGUUGUCGUCAGCUCAGUGGAGCGAAUCGUUGCUAUUGCAGCCAACUGUUGGCCACGGGUGAAUGCAGGCAGCUGCAAUGUGGCAAGCGGCACUUGCCGCGGCAAGAGGGGCAGCCAAGUGUGCGCUGGCUGCGUGGCGACACCAAGUUGCAAUGCAAGCUGCUGCAGGUGUUCGAUCCUGUGCACUAUGCGGUUAUAGUGACGCGUUAUAAGACGCGGGAGAGUCCGGAGUGGCAGCAGACGCGCAAUCUUUCGAAGCUGAGCAGCUUGAGCGCGCAGCUCUCAAGUCAAGAGCAGCAGCAGCAGCAGCGAAAGUUGCCACAGCCUGGUGAUGUCUGCGUGUGGCAGCGUAACAAGCGCCAGCAACGCGUGCGUGUGCUGGAGGCGCAGGGGCGUGAACUGUGGGUGCAGCAGCUGGACGAGAGCAGUGGCGUGCUGCGAGUUAAACCCAACGAGUUGGUUGGCUGUCCAACAGAGCUUGCAGCUGAGACAGCUCUGGCUUUGGAUGUACGAUUCGCUGGCUUGUUGCCGCUGCUGCCUGAGGGCGAUUGGACUGCCGAGGCGACCAACUGGGUCAGCUCGACGCUGAGCGAGCUGCAGGAGCAGCAGCAACUGCAGUUGACUGUAGACUUUGCCGUGGCCAAUGUGGUCUAUGUCAAGGAGGUGACAGUAUUGCAGCACUGUCCGGCCAUGCGCACUGUGGUAAAGGCAACGCAGCUGGAGCUGGAGCUGCUGCGUCGUGGCUAUGCCAAGCGUGAGCUGCAAAGUGUGCAGCGUUUGCGACAGUUGCAGUUGGCAAUGGAGCAAACACUAGAUGAGGAGGAAGAUGAUGAUGAAUUCUGGGACUGUCAGCCGCCAGCGGAGGCUGAAGCUGUGCCGCAAACUUUGGAAGCGGCUGAGCAAAGCAUAGCAAGCGUCAAGCAAACGGAGCAGCUGCAGCCGAAGAUCAGGGACUCGGCUAAAGCUGUAACUGAUGUGGAGCAGGAGCAAGAGCUGGAGCCGCCACCACUAAGCCAGGCGGCAUUUGUGCAAGCUUUGCUGCAGGACUUUAGCAAUAAUAAUGAUAACAACUCUACGCAAGCAGCGCAGCAAUUGCUGCAACAGCUGCUGGGUGAGCAGCAGCAAUCAAGCAAAGUUUAUGUCACAACAACCAGCGCUGAUGCCACGCCCACCACCACCACCACAUCCAUCGGUGCUUUGAGUUGCGGCCAGAUUGCAGACAAUGCGGUGCGGCCCAAGGUGCUGUGGCACCAAACGCGGACAAGCAUCACUCUAACCAUUGAGCAGAAAGUGCCGCAAUACGAGCUGUUCCACCAAGACCAGCUGCUGAUCUAUCAAGUCUCGGAGACUACGCCGAUGCAGCGUUGCGUGCUCAAUUUGUUGGCUGCCGUCAAAGUGAUUUCAGAGCAGCAACAUGGCUUCAAGCUGCAGAUAAAGUUGGCCAAGCAGCCGCCACACUUGUUGCAUUGGCCCAGCUUGCUGAGUUCUCUUGCUGCACAGCAGCAGGCGCAUUGGCUGGCUUAUGAUACGGAGCGUGGCACUUCACCAGAGCUGCCUAGAUCGUGCCUAUGGCAGCGUUAUUUGCCCCAGCCCCAGCGAGCGCAGCAAUGCGAUGAUGACGACAGCAACGACUCGGAGCAGCAGCUUUCGGAUGAAAUUGGCUGCGAUGUUGAUUUUGAUGAGGACUAAAAACUUUUCCUUUUUUUUAACGGAUUUGUAAAGUUUCUUUGUAAAUUGUCUUCCUGCUUAAAUGAAAUUGAUUGUGACUUUUCAAUAUCUCAGACGCUGUAGAGAUUAGAAUAUGCAAUUUUAAGUUUAGAAUUCAGAUUAAUUUAUUGUUCCAUCAUAAUUUUGUUCUUAGCCAUUCUUAUGUAUAAAGCCGCAUAGCAGCGCUGCCGGGUGGGUCAGCGUGGGAAUGCUGAUUUAGCAUUCCUGGCCUAACUCCAUAAGUGGCUGAUCAUAUUGCGCGCUCCCUUGAUUUGGUUAGUUUAUUUGUAUUUAUUGCAACAAAGUGUUGCUUACAUUGAAUGCUAUGUACAGUAUGCCUUCGCUAUAUGCUUACUGUACAGUAUGCCUUCGCUUGCAUGUAUCCACAUAUGUGCAUACUACAGUUUAUUUGAGUACUGCGGCUAAAAUAUGUUAAUAUACCAAUAAUUUCCAACAGUGAU